ACGUUUUAAUGGACGCAUAACAUAACCUCAAAUAUUUAAGAAAAGUAAAUAUUAAAGGAAAAUCUCUCUAAAAAUGGAAGAACCUGAAGCAAAGAAAUUAAAGCUUGAAGUUAAAGAAGAGGAAUUAGUUGAAACAAAAGCAAGUAUUCAAUUAUGCCCUUAUCUGGAUACAAUCAACAGACAAUACCUUGACUUUGAUUUUGAAAAGCUUUGUUCUGUUUCAUUGACCAGAAUCAACGUUUACGCUUGUUUGGUUUGUGGAAAAUAUUUUCAGGGUCGAGGUACAAAUACCCAUGCUUACACUCACUCUGUAGCAGAGGGACAUCAUGUGUAUUUAAAUUUACAUACACUAAAAUUUUAUUGUUUACCGGAUAAUUAUGAAAUAAUUGAUUCAUCAUUGGAUGAUAUCAAAUAUGUUUUAAAUCCAACCUUUACCCAAGAUCAAAUUGAAAGGUUAGAUAAAAGCAUGAAAUUAUCAAGGGCGAUUGAUGGAUCAAUGUAUAUGCCUGGGAUUGUUGGAUUAAACAACAUUAAAGCUAAUGAUUAUUGUAAUGUUGUUUUACAAUCUUUAAGCCAUGUAAUUCGAUUACGCGAUUAUUUUUUGAGAGAACAAAACUACAGCAAAAUAAAAAGACCCCCUGGUGAUUCAGCUUUCUUAUUGGUACAAAGAUUCGGGGAAUUAAUGCGAAAAUUAUGGAACCCUCGCAAUUUUAAAGCUCACGUAUCUCCGCACGAAAUGUUACAAGCAGUUGUAUUAUGGAGUAGAAAAAAAUUUCAAUUCACACAACAAGGCGAUCCAAUCGAUUUUUUAUCUUGGUUUUUAAACGCUUUACAUCGAGCUUUAAAUGGUUCAAAGAAAAAAGAUAGUUCGAUAAUAUACAAGUGCUUUUUGGGUUCGAUGAAAAUUUAUAGUAGAAAAAUUCCCCCAACUGAUUUGGAUGAUAAACAAAAAAGGGCUCUUAUGGCUACUGCUGAGUAUCAAGAAGAAAUUUCUGAAUCGCCUUUUUUAUAUUUGACGUGUGAUUUACCUCCACCACCUUUAUUUAUUGAUGAAUUUCGUGAAAAUAUUAUUCCUCAAGUCAAUCUUUACCAACUUUUAACUAAAUUUAAUGGUCAGACUGAAAAGGAAUAUAAAACAUACAAGGAAAAUUUUAUGAAGAAGUUUGAAAUCACGAAAAUGCCGCCUUAUUUAAUUUUGUAUAUUAAGAGGUUUACCAAAAAUACCUUCUUCAUUGAAAAAAAUCCUACCAUAGUGAAUUUUCCAGUAAAGAAUAUUGAUUUUGGAGAAUUAUUAAGCCCUGAAGUUAAAAAGCAACACAAAAACACUAUUUAUGAUCUUAUAGCGAAUAUAGUUCAUGAUGGUGAACCUGGAAAAGGAACUUACCGGGUACAUAUUUUACAAAAAUCUACCGGGAAAUGGUAUGAGAUGCAAGAUUUGCACGUUUCUGAUAUCUUACCUCAAAUGAUUACUUUAACUGAGGCUUAUAUUCAAAUAUAUGAAGUGAAGACUCAAUGAAAUUUUAAAUAAAUUUAUCGAAUUAUAUUUAGUUUUAA